ACAAAAAAAUUGUAGAAUGUGUUUUCAUUAAUCCGUCAUUAGUCGUCAGUCGCAGUGAUGGCGCUGCGUGCGCAGGUCGUCAGCAAAUUCAUCUGGGGCACCUCGUUGCUGUUGCUCGCGGCCGCACUGUUCCUGCUGCCCGCGGAGCUCAGCAAUGACGCCAAGUCCUAUCUACAGUACCCCAAAGAUUCCUACCUAAACUUUACAACUCGAACCACUAAGCAUGGGUAUAUCACCGAGGAGCAUACGGUGACCACGGAAGACGGGUAUCUCCUUACCGUGUUCCACUUGCGCAGCGGGAAGAAGCACCCCGGAGCGGUGCGGCGGCCGCCGGUUGUCAUGAUGCACGGCCUCCUCAUGAGCUCCGAUACGUGGCUGGAUGCAGGGCCCGACGCCGCGCUGGCCUACCUCCUAGCCGACGCCUACUUCGACCUCUGGCUUGGCAACGUGCGUGGCAACUACUACGGUAGGAGACAUACGAAGCUAGAUCCACAAAAAGAUUCCGAGUUUUGGGAUUUCUCCACCGACGAAAUGGGACUGUACGAUGUACCGGCUACAAUAGACUACGUGCUGAAUAAAACGGGUGCGGAUCAAGUGAAUUAUAUAGGAUUUUCCCAGGGCGCCGGCGCAUUUCUGAUCAUGUGCUCGGAGCUGCCGGACCACUGCGGCAAGGCGCGCUCGCUCAUCGCACUCGCCCCCGCCACUAGACUGAAGUACACCAAAUCGCUUUUGGUUAAACUUACCGUGAGUCAGCUAAAAGCGUACGAAAGCGCGCUCAGUGCGAUCGGUAUCAAGGAAGUGUUUUCCCGAGGCGGCUUCGGACAAGAGAUUCUAUCGUUCCUCUGUAAAUAUAGUAUUUUUACGAACGUUGUUUGCGAGAAAGUGAUAGCGAUAGUGGAUUCAGAUCACGCAGGAUCUAUAAAGCCGAAGACGUUGAGAGCGUUGUACGGACACUUCCCUGCGGGCACUUCGGUGCGGACGAUGGCGCGCUACGGCCAGGCCCUGCUCAGCGAGGGCUACAGGAAGUAUGAUCAUGGAGAGACAAACAACAUGAAAGUGUACGGCACACCGACUGCGCCAUUCCACAACUUAAGCGCCGUUCGCGUCCCCACGUACAUACUACACGGCAACAACGACCGCCUGGUCGACCCCGCGGACGUGCGUUGGCUGGCUGACCGCCUGCCCCACGUGCUGGAGCGGGCUGAGAUCGAUGACCCAAUGUGGAACCACCUAGACUUCAUGUACAGUCAGCAUAUCAGGAAGCUAGUUCUGCCGAAAGUUUUACAAUAUUUGGCGAAGUACAAUGAGGUCGACCUUGCAAAACAAUCCGAGCGCACGAUGGAAAAUUUACAAUGAUAGACGUGCGACUGUGAACCUUAAGAGUUAUAUUAGCUGUUUCAUAAUUAUGUUAUUAAAAAUAGCGUUGUUUUUUAUAAAGUUCAU